CUCGAUACUCCAAAACUUGCCACCAGCUUCAAAGUCCAAUUCUAAACCUACUAUACUUGGAUCUGCUUAAUCCGACCAGAAGAUCACUGUCUAUAAAUUCACGCCCUGUUCGUGUUAUCUCCAAAAUUCGUACUACUCCAUAUCUCAAUUUCUCGCGCACUCUCUCCCUCCUUUCAUGGAUUCUCAAUCUCCUUCAGUUGUAACCUUAGCUCGGAACUCAUCACAAAACUUAGCUUCCGACGAUCAAUUUCCUCCGCAAAAUCACUACAACAAUUACUCCGAUCCAUAUUCUCAAAACCCUUCCCAAACCCUAGCUUCUUCCUAUCCGCAGGAUUCAAGCAAUCAAAAUUCUCAGGAAAACCCUAAUCACGAGACGCAUGUUCAGGCGCCUGAUAAUUCCGGUUCAAAUCAAGCUUCAGAGGAGCAAAAACUCGGCGGUUCGACUCAGAAGCGCGAGCUGCAGAGGCCGUUGUUGUCGGAAAAUGGAUUGACAAACACUCACAGCGGCACUGAUCGGGAUCAAUCAGGCGGUGAGGAAGAAACCAGCAGCAGAAGGAGACGGAGAAGCCGCUGGGACCCACCUCCGACUGAAGAUGGGACCGGCGGUGGUGAUCGAGGAAGUGGGACUGGUGGAAGGAAGAGGAAGUCGAGGUGGGCAGACGAUGAGCCCAAGCCUGUGAUUCAAUUGCCUGAUUUCAUGAAAGAUUUCACUGGAGGUAUUGAGUUUGAUCCUGAAAUCCAAGCUCUUAACAGUAGGUUACUUGAAAUUAGUAGGAAAUUGCAAUCUGGUUUGCCCUUAGAUGAUAGGCCUGAAGGUGCUCGGUCGCCUUCCCCUGAACCUAUAUAUGAUAACAUGGGAAUUCGUAUAAACACUAGGGAGUACCGUGCCCGAGAAAAAUUGAAUAGGGAGAGACAAGAGAUUAUAUCGGAAAUCUUAAAAAAGAACCCGGCUUUUAAGCCACCAGCUGAUUAUAGGCCUCCUAAGCUUCAGAAAAAGCUCUACAUUCCCAUGAAGGAGUACCCUGGUUAUAAUUUUAUUGGGCUGAUUAUUGGUCCAAGAGGGAAUACUCAGAAGAGGAUGGAAAAGGAGACAGGAGCUAAGAUUGUAAUUCGAGGCAAAGGGUCUAUCAAGGAGGGCAGGUUGCAGCAAAAGGGGAAUUUAAAACCUGACCCAUCGGAGAAUGAGGACUUACAUGUGUUAGUGGAAGCUGAGAACCAGGAGUCACUUGAGGCUGCUGCUGCUAUGGUGGAGAAGCUCUUGCAGCCUGUCGAUGAAGUGCUUAAUGAACAUAAGAGGCAGCAGCUUAGAGAACUUGCUGCUUUGAAUGGAACAAUUAGAGAUGAGGAGUUUUGUAGACUAUGUGGUGAACCAGGGCAUAGGCAGUAUGCAUGUCCUUCUCGCACCACAACCUUUAAGAGUGAUGUUCUGUGUAAAAUUUGUGGUGACGGGGGGCAUCCCACUAUCGAUUGUCCAGUGAAAAAUACUACUGGCAAGAAAAUGGAUGAUGAAUAUCAGAAUUUUCUGGCAGAGUUGGGAGGUACAGUUCCCGAAUCUUCAACGAAGCAAAGCUCAGCCACGCUAGCUCUUGGACCGGGAACAUCAGCAGGCAAUCCUCCUUGGGCUAGCAAUAAUAAUGCUGGUGGUGUUGGUGCCUCUUCACAUCCUGGCUUAGGAUCAAGUGUGAUCAAGCCAAAGGAGUUUGAUGAGACAAACUUGUACAUCGGUUACUUGCCACCUACUCUUGAUGAUGAUGGUUUGAUCAAUUUGUUCUCUCCCUUUGGUACAAUUGUUAUGGCUAAAGUUAUAAAGGAUCGCCUAAGUGGUCUGAGUAAAGGUUACGGAUUUGUUAAGUAUGCAGAUGUCCAACAAGCUAAUAGUGCUAUAGCUAGCAUGAAUGGCCAUCGUCUUGAUGGGAGAACCAUUGCUGUGAGAGUUGCAGGUAAGCCGCCUCAGCCUACCAUGCCUCCAGGCCCUGCUGCUCCGACAAUGCCUUUAUAUCCGGCUCCUAAUCAGGGCAUGGGUGCAUACCCAUCCCAGCAGUAUGCAGCGGGUGGACCCAUUGGCAAUACUCCCACUGGUGGCUAUCCACCACUUGGGGCUCCAGUUCCAUGGGGACCACCUAUGCCUCCACCCUAUGCCCAGUACCCACCUCCCCCACCUGGCUCAGCCAUGUAUCCUCCUGUCCCAGGUCAACCCAUCGCUCCAUAUGGAAUGCAGUAUCCUCCAAUUCCACCCGCAUCUUCUGGUGCACCCGCUCAGACUGUUUCUUCAGGUGAAAACCAACAAACCUACACAUCAUCGGGCGAGACACAGCAAAAUUAUCCUCCUGGAGUGCAAUCUCAGAGUAGUGCACCCGUUCAAUUAGUUCCUACUUAUGCGUAUGGCAAUUCUGUCACUUCAAUGCCACCUAAUGCUCAACCUGCAUAUCCUACAUCUUCAUACAGCUAUCCAUCUUAUUAUGGUGUCGCACCACCACCUCCUCCUCCAUCUGCAUCCCAGUCCAAUGGGGACCAUUCACAGGGUAUGAGCAAUGCUCCCUGGGCUCCAAACCCACCAGCACCCUCACCUCCAUCAUCUGCAGAGAAGCCUGCCUAUGGUGCGGAGGCAGAAUAUGAGAAGUUCAUGUCAGAGAUGAAGUAAUGAUGGGAUUGCUGUAACGCCCUGCAAUAUUAGGCUGAUGUGUUGGAGCACUUCACCUGAUUUCUUUCCUCUUGCCAUGACUUAUUUGUUGGAAGUUUCAGACUCACAUCUUUAACCUUGUUGUACUGUUAUGCAGAGAGAUGAGACCUUCAGUUCUUUCAGCUUGUGUUGGAGCAUUUAAUCAGUGGAUUAUGGAAUAUUAAUUUUACUUUUUGUAGGACUCAGUUUUGGGGGUUGCCUUCCAGCAUAUGUUUAUCAAAUUUUGUUUUAUUGAUUUGUUUGAAUCUCUUGUUUACUAAUCACUGACAGUUUGUUGUCUGUUUUGUGUGUUUCUCUCCUCUUUGACGUAUCACCGCUAAUCUCCUUUGCUUUUCUUUUCUAACUUGGUUAUGUCUUUUACCUUUCUGUGGUUAUUUUAAUAUUGAGAACUCAGAAAGCAGCCUACUACUUGCUUCUGCUAUUCCUCUCCCGAAGGUGAUGCAUCUUGAAAAUGUGAAGGUCCCCAGGGUAUGUGAGUUGGUUAGUUUGACGCCUAUAUUCACAUGUCUCGGAAUUAACUUUUAUUAUUAAUUCUGAUACAUUUUCCAGAUGUCUUGUGACAGGAAAAGAUGCUUGUACUGGAAGUUGGUACCCUGAGCUGGACUGAUUUCUGUCCUAAAAUUGCUUAUCCUCAUAGAUAAGUUUAAUUUAAACUUAGUUAGAUUUUCUAGGAUGUCUAUUAACAAAGUUUUGUGCCAUGGAGGAUUAGGUGAAGCCCAUUAGAGAGAAGUGAGGAUGGGUAGCUUUGAAGUGUGAUGGGCAGUAGAAAACUAGGAACCUCCUUGGCUUUGGAAUUUUUUCUUUCUAACAGUAGUUAACGUAACACUUGAACCUUUCUAGGGGGGAGAAGGGAAUUACUAUUCCAAUGUUGUUCCAACCAUGAGGAGCUUGGUGUAGCAGGAAGCGGUUAUUUAAAAUUUGGACACUCUUGUUUUAGAUUGAGUAGUGGCUAGGAAAUCACUGCAACAUAAGAUUAGGAAGGAUGUGUAAUUAUUAGUAGAGGUUUAUUAUUGCUGUUGGGUUUUUGUCCCCCGGCC